AUGCUUCCAACAUCUGUGGAGAUUGUGCCUGGGGAUGUGGGUGAUCCCUCCACUCUCAAAGCUGCUGUGGAAGGUUGCAACAAAAUAAUAUAUUGUGCCACAGCUCGUUCCUCUAUCACCGGAGAUCUCAAUAGAGUUGAUCAUCAGGGCGUUUACAACCUUACCAAAGCGUUUCAGGUUGCCAUUUCACUCAUUGGUUCUUGCAACCUUGCAAAGUAG